CAGUGUGCACUGCGCAGAGAGCUGCUGUUCAAAGAUGGCGCUGCAGGGUAGUUCAGUCAGACGAGUUCUCUGUUAUCACCUGUAAAACUAUGACCUGAAAAAGGACGCAUCCAAAAGCUAUUUAAUUAAACAGAAGACAUUCCAGUAACAUCGGACUAGCUUGUCUUGGCAUAAGUGAAGUAAAAUGCCUUCUCCUAAAGCACGGAGCAGCUCGGGGCGCAGCGGCAGCGUUCCGUGUACCGGUGGAAACGGGCGCUACGAAUUCAUUUCUCUGAGCCGAACUCCCCCGCCGCACCUGCUGCAGAGGCAGGGCUCCGAUCCCACAUCGGCCCGUCUUCGAGCCUCCGAGAGCCCCAACCGACGACGCGGCUCGGGUUCGUCCACCUCUUCCACCGGCGGUCAGCAGUUACCGGAGGAAGACUGCAUGAAAUUAAACCCGUCUUUCAUUGGGAUAGCGCUUAGCUCUCUGCUGGCCAUCGACCUGUGGCUGUCGAAGCGGCUCGGGGUGUGCGCCUGUGAGGACUCGUCCUGGGGCAGCGUGCGGCCGCUCAUGAAGCUUAUCGAGAUCUCCGGACACGGGAUCCCGUGGCUAGCCGGUGCCGCGUACUGCCUGUAUAAAAGCGACAGUGCCGCCGGUCAGGAGGUCAUGCUGAACCUGCUCAUGGCCUUGGUACUGGACCUGGUCCUGGUCGGCGUGGUGAAGGCUGUAGUGCGGCGCCGACGUCCUGCCCAUAACCGUAUGGACAUGUUUGCCACAUUUUCUGUGGACCGCUAUUCCUUCCCAUCAGGCCAUGCCACACGUGCUGCAAUGUGUGCCCGAUUUCUGUUGGCGCAUCUGGUGCUGGCGGCCCCACUCCGUGUUCUUGUCCUGCUCUGGGCCUCUUUUGUUGGUUUUUCCAGGGUUCUCCUUGGACGCCAUAAUGUAACGGAUGUCGUGUUUGGUUUCUUCAUGGGCUACUGGCAAUAUAAUUUGGUUGAGGUUCUCUGGUUGUCUCCGGUCAUGUUGCAAAGCAUGAUUGGACACCUUCACUGAGAAGUUAAAGGGUUAGUUCACCCAAAAAUGAAAUUUCUGUCAUUAAUUACUCACCCUCAUGUCGUUCCACACCCGUAAGACCUUCGUUCAUCUUCGGAGCACAAAUUAAGAUAUUUUUGAUGAAAUGUGAGGGUUUCUGAACCACACAUAGGCUGCAACAUCAUUGCACCUUUUGAGGUCCAGAAAGGGUUUUCUCUUCCCUGUCAGCCUCCUACACAGUUGAUGUAGUAAACACAGUGCAGCGCUUCUGUGUUCUAUGUCAGAACGGUAUUGGCUAGGUCCUGCGUCAGCAUCAAAUGCAUGACGUUGCUGCCUACGUGUGGUUCAAAAACCCUCGGAUUUUAUCAGAUAUCUUAAUUUGUGUUCCGAAGAUGAACAAAAGUCUUACAGGUUUGGGACGACAUGAGGGUGAGUAAUUAAUGACAGAAUUUUCAUUUUUGGGUGAACUAACCCUUUAAGACUGAAGAAAGGGAGCAUUAUUUGGAGGAUCUAGACUAUUCUACAGUGUCUGUCAAGUUGCUUUAUGUGAAUUUACCACGUUUUGUGUGUCUGCUAACUUGAAUGUAAAAAAUUAAUCUCGCAGAUCAUCUGCCAGGAAUGUUCAGGUUCAUAUUAGAUUCCAUUGAACAGAUAAACGAGUUGAAGUUGGAGUGUUAGGGAGCAAUGAAAACAGACAUCUUAUUUUCCGCCAAUUGAAGUUUUUAUGCCUCUCACUCUCUUUCUCUACUUCUUUUGUGUCAAUUAACUACUUCUUAUGAACCAUUUGCCAUUGUGCUCUGCUUUUUUGAGGAUUGGUGCUUACCAAAAAAGGAUGAUGGCUGGGGAGAUCUCUGGCUUUUGACAUCAAUGUUUUUGUUUACAGAAUAAAACCUCACCAUUGUGAUACUACAUAUUUUUAGCACCUGAAACAAUAGGCAUCAUCUUGAAGAUUUUGCCUCCGUUUUAAUCAAAAACCAGCCAGAUCUCUAAUUAAUAUGAAAAUCUCUUCAUAAAUGAAUGUUUAAUUAGGCGAGGGAGAGGAUUUGAAACAUCGGGGUGAAUUUCAGCGCAGCUCUAAUACCUUUAGGGUAUGCGGCGUCCUCAAUACAUAUUCACGGGGGAGUAGUUCUGUUAUCUCUGAAGGGUUGUGUAGGGUUCCUAAUUGCACUGAUCUAUCCUCUAUAAAAGUAUUUUGAGUGUGUUUUAAAGCUCUAUUCUGUGUUUCUCUCUCAAAAGAGUGAACUAGUUUGUUCUGUUUUUCUCUGCUUUAAAGGGGACCUAUUAUUUUCCUUUUUACAAGAUGUAAUACAAGUCUCAGGUGUCCCCAGUGAAGUUUCAGCUCAAAAUACCCCGCAUAUCAUGUUGUAAAUGCCCAUUUUUUUAGUGUAAGGAAAUCAUGCUGGUUUCGUGCAUGUAUCUUUAAAUGCAAAUGAGCUGCUGCUCCCCACCCCACUUUCCAGAAAAGAGCAGAGCCUGUACAGCUUGUGCCUCAGAUACUCUGCCAAAAACUAACAAAACAUCUGUUUGGUUUUGAUUAGCAUCUCAAUCGCGACCGUGCUCACGUGACAUUGCAGUUCUUCUUCAUCAUGAAAGUUUAUUAUCCGAAUGCGUUUUAAACUUCUGAUAUAUAGUUUUCUGAGCGCACACAUCCGAAGCAUGCACACAGAAAGCUGACUGUCAGACAGCGUGUCCCGUGAGCAUUAAACUAAGUUCUCUUUCACGUGUUAUAGCUCUUAAACUGUCAAAUACGCACAAGGUUAUGUCAAAAACACAAAGUUCACAUAAACACAGUCCAUUAUGUCUGUGAACAUAAACAGCAUGUAAAGAAAUUGCAUGUGUACAUUAGAUCUGUGUAUUAAAGUGACAGCAGCAUAAUAUACAGUACCUACUGCUGUUAAUAUGAACCAAACAACAAAAGAAAACAAUCACUUACUGCUCUUGACUGGAUAACUUAGUAGCUUUAAUAAGAAUGAAUUUCUUACUUGAAUGCUGCUGUUAAAUGCUCUAGUGAGGAGAUAAACAUAGGCAAGGGAGAGGAUUUGAACAUGGCGGAUUGUGUACAGCUCACUCAGGGCGGGGUCUGUCAGCAGUCGUGGGCAGUGCCUUAAGCAUUUGUGACCUCACAUCUGCAGAUGGCUUGUUCUGAGACACUGCUUAUGAUUUAUGGGUGGAUUUUUACCUUUUAUAGGGUGGUUGUUUACACACACUGCCGACACAUUUAUGUUCAAACGCCAUGUAAAAGUGAAAUUUGCAUAAUAGGUCCCCUUUAAUUGUCACUGUGCUAGCAACUGCUACAUUUUAUUGCACUUUUUUUGAUGCAGUCUUACUGGUCUAUGAAGUAGGAGUUUUCUUUAUAUUUUGCUAUGGUCUUAAUACAUUUGCUGGAUUUUAAUUGGGUUAAAGCCACAACUGUGAUUAUAGAGCCAUAAAUCACAUUAUAUGCUGCAAACUGUUGCCAUAUAUCACAGGAGAAUCUGUCAUAAUGACCAUUUGGUAGCAUUAUUAAGCAGGUGUAAAUUGCACCAUGAUGGCAUUAAUAUUGACUACAGGACAACCUGUGCAAAAUAUGUAGUGGGGCCGUACUAUGGUAACCGUAGCACUUCGAUAUGCCAUUUUACUGAGUGAUUGCAUAUUUAUGUACCAUGGUUUUUACAUGGCACUUAUGCAUAUGUCUGAAUGAAACGGUGUUACCAUGGUACAUGUUUAAAAGCCAUGGUCUUACCAUAGUGCAAAUGGCAAUAAUGCUUGUUUUCCAACAUUUAUUUCCCCAAUUAUUAAAGUAAAAUGUGAACGAGGAGGGGUUUUGUGGUUUAGACUUUCUCAUUGCCCUUUUUUUUUCUCAUGGACUUUUCUCUUGCGACUCAAGAGUUGUUGAAAAUUUAAAACGAUUCAGUUUCAUUCUACUCCACCAUUCUUUUUGUGUGCUUUUAUAUGAAACCCCUUAUAUAACAAAGUUUGGCUAUUCCAGUAAUUCUAGUGAAGACUAAUCUUAAUACAACACGUACAGUAACAUUAUAGAGAAAUCUUUGCUUCCAACAUUGCUGCAACAGUUUGAGGAGAUUUGUCCUCACAUAAAUGACUAGAAUAGCCAAAUCCAUUAAUUAGAAGGGGGGUGUCCACAUAUUUUGGCCAUGUAGUGUAUCUUAUUACAUUCCACUUAUUAACUGGUUAUCCAGUAUUGCACAGGAAGGAUCUCAUUUGUUGGAGAUAUAGUGAUUGGUAACUUUAUUUUAGUGUCUCUUCGCCCAUAUUACAUGUUACUCUAAUUACUAUUGUUGUAAUAAUAAUAAUUGAGUAAUAAUUCAGUUUAAUUCCACACAUGUUUUCCCUCGGUCACCUGAUGAUUGACACACACUCCAUUCAACCCAUUCAAAAAGAAGUAACGCACAUAGCCUUACUGGAGUAGUUGAAACACUGUCAAGCUGUUUCACUGUCGGCUUUAACCAGUCAUAGGUCUUCCUCUUUCAAAGUACAGUGGCAUCAAAGAUAUUUUUGACAAAUCCACCCCAAAAUUCAUUCAUUCUCUGAAAUAUGUCUCCUCUGGCAGCACACGCCCUCAAAAUGAUUUGCAGUAAUAAAUGGAGAAGGUUGUGGGUGUUUUGACUGUUUCAAGAGAGCCAUAUGCACUUUUUUUUUCUUUGCAAUAACGGAGUUAUUUCUUGAAAGUGCAGUCGUUUGAUCAUUUGUGCAAUAUCGCAAUACAAGUGACAGAUGGAAACCAAGAAAUAUAAAAAGUUAUUUUUAAAUUGCAAAAACUUUGUGCUGUUUUGGUGAUGUGUUUGUUUGCUAGGGACCAUGUGUAUAAACUUUUUUUCCCUUUUGGAGAUGGAGAGAGAAUAUGGGAGACAUUUUUAUUUGAUAUUUCAGGUGUUUUGGGUAUACAGUCAUUUUAAAUGGCUUCACCAGCUAUUUCAAAAUCUGACAUUUGAUCAUUGUGUAGUCUUAAGUGAAAAGUAGCAAUGUACAUUCACCAAAGCGAAAACUACAAGGAAUUCAUAAGCUUAAUGUGGUACCUGCUAUGACUGUUCAUUAUAUUUGUGAUGUAAAAUAUACGCUACAUUGAUCAUAAUGUGAUUGUAUUUUCUAAAUAAAUAUGAAGAUGUCAUG